UUGGAAGUGCAACGAGUAUAAAAACAAAAUGAACUGUCCACAAAACAUAAUCAAUUAUGAGGUUUUCACACGGGAGUUUCAGAAAAGUGGAUAAUAGUUGUAGUGUCUUGAUUAGAAUUUUAAAAAGUACCUCCAAUAAUUUACAAUUUCCAAUGUUAUUUGCUGCUCUCAUUGCCUGCGUAACCGGCAAUUGCAUAAAUGGGUCGAGUUUGGUUGGACAGGCCUUAGGGUUGGGUGCGUUGCCCUUGGGAUUAGGCGGGCUGCCGUUGGGAUUGGGUGGGCAACGCGGAUUGUUUGGUCUUAACCUUGGAAUACAGGCAACCAAUCAAGUAGGUCAAGGAAGCCAGAACUCAACAUUUGGUCUAGGCCUUAACAUCACAAAGUAGAACUAGUAUUUCACUCACGAAACACUAAGUAAUGAUAAUAUUAUUUCAAACAAACAAACAUUGUAGGAAUAAAUUUUCUGAAUGAAUAAAGU